AUCACAUGCGUUUGCCGGCCGGCGUUAAGAGGAAGGCUGUAUAAAGUUGGGCGUUUCAUUGGAGGGAACAGGAAACUAUCCUUUUUGAAGUACUCAAAGGCAAGAUAAGUGUUGCGAAGAAAAGUUGACCAGUCCAAACCACCAACAUCAGCCAAGACUUGCUUACUAGGGCUUUUAUCCCAAUUCGGAACUGCUCACCAAGAUCAAGAUGGCUUACCGAGGAGCGCAGAAAGUUCAAAAAGUGAUGGUUCAGCCCAUUAACCUGAUAUUCAGGUACCUGCAAAACCGUAGCCGAGUUGCAGUCUGGCUGUAUGAGAACGUCAACAUGAGGAUCGAAGGCCACAUCAUCGGUUUCGACGAGUACAUGAACCUGGUGCUGGAGGAGGCCGAGGAGGUCAAUGAGAAGCACAAGACCCGCCGCCAGAUCGGUCGAAUUCUGUUGAAGGGCGACAACAUCACACUCAUCCAGCAGGUGGAAAGUGGUAAUGAUGCGUAAGCAGUGGCAGAUGUGCGCUCAUUCAUGCGACAUUUCCAUCACACGAACAUUGUCUUGCGUUCCGGAUGAGCAGGGAAGCGUCUUGCGGACAAUGUGCGUUGGGGAAGGACUGGUUCGUGUUGGCCUCAUUUUGUGUAAAAGUGGACCCGUGUUCAGUGCAGUAUAUAGAACUGUCGAUUCCAACUUGUUUCUUAUCAAAGCAGCAACACCCGUUCUCGAUUUCGAGGAUGCCUUUUUUUACUCAGCAUGGCUUUUCUGUAAAAGGGGAAGUGCCGUUUAUGAGUCGCAUUAUUGUGGUCGACAACCUCGAUCUAGAUAAGCGUGUAAUUCUGCUUUUGGUCGCACGUGGUGCAGUGCUUCAGUACAAGGACACUUUGUGUUUGACAAUGUUGUGAGUGCGAUUUUGAACAUUUGGAUCGUUGUCACCAAACGCCAGGUCCGGGGAUCUUUUUCGGCGCUCUCGGACGAUGUAUGAUGCGUGUCGUCGGUCAAGGAGCCGAGGCUGAAAGCGUGUAACGGCUGGAUGUAUGUAGCGGUCAGAUGCACCGCGUCAAGCCCGUUAGCGUGGGUCAUCUCGUACCUGCUGUGUAAUACACAAGGCAUCAUUUCAACAUGCAAAUCUCGCGUACAUUUGGCGAACGGAUUUCACUAAUACAGAACAGAUGUGCUUA